GGAGCCAUGCAGGAGGCGCGCGGCUGCAGCGUCUGCUCGGAGGGGGGCCCGCGGCCGGCCAAGUACCGCUGCCCCAGCUGCAGGGCCCGCUAUUGUUCCGUGCCCUGCUACAAGAAGCACAAAGAACAAUGUGCGCCAAAAGUAGAUCCGGUUCCACAGCCUGAAAGGACAGACAUUUUGACAGGGGUUCAGCAGGAGAAAUCCUCAAACGCUGAAGCAAGCCCUUGGCCAGUGGGUGACACUUUGACAGAAGACGAGGAGGAAGACAAGGUGCCUUUACACAACCUCCAGCGCUUAAGGGAAUCGGAAGAACUCCACGGCCUUCUCCUCAACCCCCACCUCCGGCAGCUGCUUCGAACCGUCGACCAGGCCGCAGACAAGAAUUCCCUCAUGAGAGAGUACAUGCAAGAGCCACUCUUUGUGGAGUUUGCUGACUGCUGCCUGCGGAUUGUUGAGCCGCCCGAGAAGGAGAACGAGUUUCCUGAGUGAAACAGGUUCAAGGAUAAGAAGAGAGGGUGGAAGGCAGUUUGUGACUGUCCAGGCCGGAAUGGAACCUCUCCUCUGAUGAUUAACCGCUGACUUCUCAGUCCCUUUCUUUCUGAGUGGAUUCCGCUGUUGUCUGUGGCUCUCUUCUCCCAGAUUUGGGGGAAUGGGAGCAGUUAUAUGCCAGAAGCAGAUUUUUUAAGCUUUGAAAUCCAUCUUCCAGCUUUUACCAUCUUGGAAAUGAUGUGUUCCAUUUGUAACAUGGAGGACUCUGCUUUAUGAUUUUUUUUUUUUAAAAAAGAGCUUCCCUACCAGUUUAAAACCCUGAUUUUACAUUUCAUUGAAGUGGUAGUGAAGUCACUCCAUAUAGUUAAGCAAAAAUAGGUUGCUCAUCAUAUCUUGUACUUACAAAACGGCUCAUCAUGUUUAAAAAUUGUUCCUGGAUUGUACCAUUUCCGAUUGGUGGUAGGGGAGGUGUGACUGCCCCCUCCAGAAUUCACAAAUGAAGGUCCUUCUAAUUCAGUAAGGGGGUAACAAUUCAGGAAUAACUUUACCAUCCCAUAACCUGUUUGGACAGACAUGGGACCAGGAGGAUGAAUCGAAUCCUGGCGUUUGCCAGUUAACAAAAACAUCUGCCUCUCGGAAAGGAGUAGAAUGGAUGGGUGGAAGUUUCCCCCACCGUUGUGGUGAGCUUUGCAAUCUGUUUCGGUGACAAUGCGAUGGAUAUGUACCAUCCAAUGAGUUUCACUGGCAAGCGUUUCCUAUGGGAACGCUAUUUCCAAGGUGUUCAUGUGCAAGCAUGGAUUGCUGCGCCCCACUGGAACUCUUAUUUAUUUAUUUCUGACUUAGACGGGGGCCGCUUUCACCUGGCCUUUGGCAGAUGAGAAAUGGAGGUUCAAGUUUAGUUGGAACAACUGCAGCAACAAUCUUAACACAUUUAUCAUAGACUUUUAAGACCUCUUUGUGUAAAUCAGAUAAAUCCAGAAGUAGGGGAAUACUGACCAUUUGGUGUUCCUGGCUAAAGCUCUGCGUGGCAACUCUUAGGCCAUGUACCAGUGGUUUUUCAGAACAUGUGACAGUUUUAGUGCAGUGGCCGUAGCCCUCUGUCUAGCCCAAUUCUUUAUAGCUGAGGGGAUGCUUAAAAAUACUUUUUGGUCAUCUUUCUUUGUGGGGGUGCGGGG